AUGUCAGAUAACAAUAACGAUGGCCUUAACUCCAAAGUUGCAGUUCUUCUUAUUGGGGCUGGGUCAGCAGCUAUUUGGUCACAAUCUACCAUUUCCUUGCCAUGGCUUGGCGCUGCCCCCGCUACAGAGCUGGACAUAACCGAGCAGAGCCACAACCACAGUUAUCCUAUCCUCUACCCUUCUAUGGUUUUUAGCCUAAAGAAUGGAGUUAUAACUCUUGUUAUCGCACUCUACCAUUGUAUUGCCAUGCGCCGGUUCAGGGCUACGACUACUCAGCAACGGCCACGACGAUAUGGGAUAGAAACAAUGGCAACGCAAAGCAGUAUUGAGAAUUCCACGGCCCAACUCAUCCCAGCCUAUAAGUUCCAAAAGGGUAUGGGCUUGGUGGGUGAUGAUGGAACUUGUGCAAUUUGCUUGAGUGAAUUUGAAGAAGGUGAGGAACUGCGAACUUUGCCAGAGUGUUUGCACUCUUACCAUGUUGAAUGCAUUGAUAUGUGGCUCCAUUCGCAUACCAAUUGUCCCAUGUGUCGCACCGAUACCACACCUUCUCCAGGGGUCUAUUUGAGUGCAAGAGAUUUGGAUUCUGAGAGGCCAUCAGUGGUGUAUCAAAAUAUAGAUAGGCUACAAGAUAUUAUUGUACAUUCACGGGCACUCUAA